UAUAAAGGGCGCCACCCGGCGUUCGGGGCCACCGCUGCCGCCUCGCCGCGCUCGCCGUCACAGCCAGCCCACCUCGGACGCGCCGCCGCUCCCGCCAUGGGUCGACAGAAGGAGCUGGUGUCCCGCUGCGGCGAGAUGCUCCGCAUCCGCCACCGGCUGCUUCGCCAGGCUCUGGCUGAGUGCCUGGGGACCCUCAUCCUCGUGAUGUUUGGCUGUGGCUCUGUGGCCCAGGUGGUGCUCAGCCGGGGCACCCACGGUGGUUUCCUCACCAUCAACCUAGCCUUCGGCUUCGCUGUCACCCUGGGCAUCCUUGUGGCUGGCCAGGUCUCUGGGGCCCACCUGAACCCUGCUGUGACCUUUGCCAUGUGUUUCUUGGCGCGCGAGCCCUGGAUCAAGCUGCCCAUCUACACCUUGGCGCAGACGCUGGGAGCCUUCUUGGGUGCUGGGAUUGUUUUUGGGCUGUAUUAUGAUGCAAUCUGGGACUUUGCCAAGAAUGAGCUCAUAGUCUCGGGCCCCAAUGGCACAGCAGGCAUCUUUGCCACCUACCCCUCUGGACACUUGGAUAUGGUCAAUGGAUUCUUCGACCAGUUCAUUGGCACUGCCUCCCUCAUCGUGUGUGUGCUGGCCAUUGUUGACCCCUACAACAACCCCGUCCCCCGCGGCCUGGAGGCCUUCACCGUGGGCCUGGUGGUCCUGGUUAUCGGCACCUCCAUGGGUUUCAACUCUGGCUAUGCUGUCAAUCCCGCCCGGGACUUCGGUCCCCGCCUUUUCACCGCCAUUGCUGGCUGGGGCUCUGAAGUCUUCACGACCGGCCGCCACUGGUGGUGGGUGCCCAUCGUGUCUCCACUCCUGGGCUCCAUUGCGGGUGUCUUCGUGUACCAGCUCAUGAUCGGCUGCCACCUGGAGCAGCCUCCACCCUCCACUGAGCAGGAGAAUGUGAAGCUGGCCCAUGUGAAGCACAAGGAGCAGAUCUGAGUGGGCAGGGGCUACCUCCCCGCCCCCUCCCUUGAGCAUCCCCAGACUGUGCAGGGGCUGCUGCCUAGAAGCCUUCAUGGGUCCCUCCCAGACUGAGAAGCUCCUUGUCAACUCCCACUCCAGUGGACAGCCCCCUUGGGGACUCUCCCCAGGAUGCUCCCCAAAUAGGCCCUUAGGACUCUGUCUUUAAGCUGUGGUGGGACAGGGAGUAGGGCCAACAUACCCUUUGUUUCCCAAAAGGAGAAUGGGCGGUGGGCAUGUGAGCAUGUGUGCACGUGUGUGUAUGUAUGUGCGCGCGUGUGUG